AUGAUUCAAACAUUGGAGGAUUUGACACGUGUCAUGCGAGCUAAAUUUGUGACGAGUUCGUAUACGCAAGAAUUGCAUGUUCGACUGCAAUCAAUGAAGCAAGGAAACAAGACAGUUGAUGAGUUCUACAAGGAUUUGGAGGUGACUUUAAUGCGGGCUGAUGUUCGAAAGAGUCAACAAGCCACGGUAGCGAGGAUCUUGACUAGGCUGAAUCGAGAUAUUGCUGACAAACAAUUGAAGCGUAAGGGCAAUCAGAAAACAUUUGGUACGAAGCCCUUCACACCAAAUUAUACCAAGAAGGAUGACAAAACCCAAGUGGCCCAAGGGUUCGGUAAAGGAAAAUGUGUUACCAAGGAUGACACGCCACGGAACAAACAUGUUGGAGCUGAUCCGGAGAAGCCGAGGAAUCGAGAUAUCAUUUGCUUCAAGUGUCAAGGUCGAGGCCACAUUGCAAGUCAAUGCCCAAACAAGAAAACGAUGAUCCUCAAUAAGUUUGGGGAAUACGAGACGGAAUCUGAAAAUGAGGAGGGGGUUGAUCAAAGAGUAAAUGAGGAAAAUAACAUGGAUGAUGACUCUGAUUCUGGUGUUGGUUUGAGUUUGGUUACCUUACAAGCCUUAAGCACUAUGUCAAGGACCUUUGAUGAGGAACAACGAGAAAAUCUCUUUCAAACUCGUUACAUAAUUGGAGGCAAACACCCCCACCCCAAACCAUUCAAAUUGCAGUGCGUUAGCAAUUUCGGAGAGUUGAAUGUGUACAAGCAGGUGACGGUUCCUAUCAAGAUCAAAAAUUAUGAGGAUGAAGUCGUCUGUGAUGUGCUACCGAUGCAAGCUUGUCACGUAUUACUUGGGAGGCCAUGGCAGUUGGAUAGAAAGGCUCAUCAUGAUGGAUAUUUGAAUAGAUACUCAUUUGAGUUUGGGAGUAGAAAGAUAUGUUUGAAGCCGUUGUCUCCAAUGGAUGUCCAUGAGGACCAACUUUACAUGCAUCGUCAAUUUUUGGAAGAAGCCAAAGAAAAGAGAGAAAGGAAAAAGAGUGAAAAAAAUAAGAGUGAAAAAAGUGAGCAUGGGAGUGAGAAAAGUGAGGGUGAAAAAAUAAAGAGUGACAAAAGAGAGCAAGAAUAUCAAGAUGUGUUUCCUGAUGAAGUAACUGGAGGAUUACCACCUAUUCGGGGCAUUGAGCACCAAAUGGAUCUCAUUCUGGGUGCAUCAAUUCCAAAUCGUCGAGCUUACAAAGCAAGUCCAGAGGAAGUCAAGGAAAUACGUAAGCAAGUGGAUGAGUUGCUUGACAAAGGCUGGAUUCGCGAAAGCCUAAGCCCUUGUGUUGUACCGGUUCUUCUUGUCCCAAAGAAGGAUGGUGGAUGGAGGAUGUGCAUCGAUUGUCGAGCCGUAAAUGCCAUAACGGGAAGUGCUGAAGGGAUAAGUGUGGAUGAAGCUAAAACACAAGCUAUUCGGGAUUGGCCAACACCUAAAACGAUCAAGGAAGUUCGUAGUUUCCUUGGACUUGCAAGCUUUUACCUCCGGUGUUCACUUCGUGAUGUGGUAGUGGUUGAGACACAUGAGGGAGGUUUAAUGGGUCAUUUUGGGCGUGAUAAGACAUUGGGUGCAUUGCAUGAACACUAUUAUUGGCCUAAAAUGAAGCAUGAUGUGGAGUCUUAUGUGAAUAAAUGUGUUGUUUGUAAGAUUACAAAGUCACAUGCACAACAACACGGUCUAUACACACCCUUACCUAUUCCAGAAGCACCAUGGACUAAUAUUUCAAUGGAUUUUAUUAUGGGAUUGCCUAGGUCUAUGAGAGGAAAUGAUUCGAUUUUUGUUGUGGUUGAUAGAUUUUCAAAAAUGGCACACUUCAUUGCAUAUAUGUUACCAUUGCCUAGCAAAGAGUAUUUUAAUAGUGAUGGCAGGAAACGGUCUGAAUUUGUGAAGGAGAUGCAUUCAAAGGUUCGGGAUAACAUUGCAAAGUCAAACGCUUGGUAUGCUAAAAGUGCUAACAAAGGUCGUAAGAAUGUAGUGUUCCAACCAGGCGAUUGGGUGUGGUUCCACUUGAGAAAAAUAGAUUUCCCGAGAGACAGAAGUUUAAGCUGA